CCACCGCCAUGGUUACUGUAACGUUAUGAGAUAACAUAACGAGAAGUUGUUUAACAUCCGGAGAGAAGUCGCUAACAUCAGUCGAAGGAAACGCGGUCGUAUCACAAUUUUGUUCUAUCGAAAUUUAGAAAACAUCGUUAAAGUUUUGUGCAAAUCUGUCAUGUAAACCCAGCGAUUAGUCGGCUCAAAUUAUUAUUUUUUUGACUAAACUUCUUUCCUGCGGCACUCUAGAGGCUGCAGUGACUCAUACAGCACCUUAAAUCCACCCACAAUGCAUUGCUCUUGUGUUUGCAGUGUGGUGCAGAGAGCGUGGUGGCUGAUGUCACAGGCAGCGCGAGGCGUUGCCGUGUCCCUUUCCACCUCGUUGUCGUUGGGUGUCUUCUUCCUGCAGUUCCUGGAGUGGUGGUACUCCUCAGACAACCAGAGCGCCGUGAAAGCCCUCACCUCGCUGCCGGCUCCCCCGCCGCCCCUCCACCUGCAGCGAGACCACAGCGGGCAGGACUCUCCAGCCAAUCGCGGCAAAGAAACUCGGCCCGGUUCCGACAGCAGGAACUGUCCGCUGUGCCAGAGGCUUCGUACGAACGCCACGGUGUUGGCCACUUCUGGCUUCGUCUUCUGUUACCGCUGCAUCUACAUGUAUGUGAAGUCCAACCGCCGCUGCCCAGUUACCGGCUAUCCCACGGAGCCGCAGCACCUCAUUAAGAUCUACUCUCCGGAGAGUUAGACCACGAAACCGAACCACAAACUGUCAGAAAGACAGAAAGAUCUUAUUUUUGCACAACUCAUCACAUGGUGCUCAUCUUUUAUAUAUAUUGAGCUCUCCAUGGACCUGAAAGUUUUACAUUAAUCUCUCAGCUCACAUGAACUUUAAUUUUUGUAAUUGCUUUGUAAAACUGUUUCCUCAGAGAUAUUAAAACAAAUAACAUUUUUU